AUUCGAAAAUCGACACUAUAAAAACAGUUUCAGCCUCCCUUAGAAUCCAUUCCAAAUCCAAGAUGAAGUUCUUCCUAGCAAUCUGCCUGCUGGCCAGCUACGUCGCUGCUGAGAACCUGAGAAGCAUCCUCCGAUCACCGAAGGAGACCCUCAAGCUAUACUCCAACUACAAAGCAAAGGAACACCUUGCCUUUGGAUCUGGUGAGAUAGGAUGAGAUUCAGAAUGUUCCGAUCUAACGCUGAGUUUGUAGCUGACGCCAACGAACAAGAAGGAGAUGCAGUCUUCGCUCUGAACUUCUUCUCUGCUAUGACUGGUGAUGAGAAGAGACAGUAUCUCGGACUCAACGUCACUGGACACAAAGAAAACGACGUUCUCCUCUCUUCACCUCUGCUCAAAGCUCCCGCAAAGAAACUGUGGACGAACGAGGGUUCAGUUACGGAAGUCAAGAACCAAGGAGGAUGUGGAUCAUGCUGGACAUUCGGAGCAGUUGGAGGACUGGAGACUAGAUACAAGCAACUCUCAGGAACUCUGAGGGACUUUGCCGAACAGGAGUACCUUGACUGUACUUAUGAGAAUGCUGGCAGAGACGGAUGCAACGGGGGAUGGCCAGAUGAUGGUUACGAUUACUCCUCGAAGAACGGUGGACGCCUGGCUUCCUCCGCUGACUACAAAUACGCACAGAAAGACGGAAGGUGUCUAGGAAGUAGCAAGCCGAACGCUCUGGUAGCGUACAAAAUCACAGGAUACAAAAAUGUUGGGGGUACAGAGGCUGCUAAUAUUAAUGCUCUUGCUUCUGGGUCACUGUCUGUAGCUUUUGAGGUAACCAACUACUUCCAACAGUACUCCGGUGGUAUCAUCAAGGACACCACCUGCUCAGGACGACCCAACCACGCUGUCACUGCUGUCGGUUACACAGAGAAAUUCGUUCUCGUAAAGAACUCCUGGGGAAAUGCCUGGGGAGACCAAGGGUUCGUCAAGUACGCCAGGAACUACCACAACUGUGGUCUCUUCAAGUACAGCAGCUACCCCGUCCUGAAGAGGACUGGAAAGUCAGACACAGCUCCCGCCGACGAUGCUACCUCUUACAUACCCUCUGAAGACGACAAGCCAGUCCCAACAGCCGACCCAGACUGUCAGGAUGCGUCUCAAUACUGCUCAGCAAUCCACUGCGAGUAUGCGGACCUCAUAGAGUACUGCAGAAGGACUUGCAACGAUUGUGGAGAUGAUGAUGGUGGAGAUGAUGACGGUGACUGUCCUAGUGGCACCAUUAGAUGUGACGAUGGUGUCUGCAGACACGAACACAUGUGUUAGACUUAGAGAUGUCAAGAUCUGAAUUUACAAUUUUAACUUCCGAAAUUAAA